CUUUAAUGUAGCAAGUUUCACCGACCGAACACCGAAGCGGAGGCGGUUAAAGCCACCGAGUCCCCGUCUCUUUUUCCUCUCUGUAUCUGCGAAUCCUUCACGCAACAAUCUAGUCGGAAUCGGGUUCCUUUCUGUUUUAGGACUCCUUGGUAACCUAAUGGCUAGAUCACUAGAGACUUAGCCAUCGAAAUUCAAGGCUGUAUUAUAUCAAGUUUAUAUGAUUUUGACUGUAUGUUUUUCAUUCCUUGGACCGUUGCAUGAUACCAUAUAAAUUCAAGAAGAGAUUCAGAUUUCUCAUUUGGUUAUGCAAGUAAAGCACAGCAGCUUCCAGUAGGGAAUAGUGUAGACAUCUUCCUUCUGUAACUUACGACAGUGCAUGCAAGAUGGCGGGGGUGAAACGAAGAGUUUGUUGUGAUACAGAAAUCAAUGGUUUUCACAAAGAAUUGGAUGAAGUCUUAUGCCCUAUUUGCAUGGACCAUCCACAUAAUGCUGUCCUCCUCCUGUGCAGUUCGCAUGAGAAGGGUUGCAGAUCUUACAUUUGUGAUACAAGUUACCGGCAUUCAAAUUGCCUAGACAGGUUCAAAAAGUCAAGGGAUGAUUCUCUGAAUAAUUCAACCUUACCCUCUUCCUUAUCUUUUGACCCAUAUAGUUCUAUUGUCUCUUCUGAUGACCUGGACUUGGCUUUGAGAACUGAUAUUAUUGAAGGCAAUGAUAACAAUGAUGUAAGUGAAAGCAACACUAUAACUUCUUUAAUGCCUGAAGGACUGGUAGAAAAUAAUAUUCAAGAUCAUGCUCAGCAUUUAACGACACAGGGAGAAGCCAAUAUGGAAAUUGGUAGUUUUGGGCCUCAUCGUGGAAGGAAUGACAAUGAAGAGUUGGAUGGGGAGAAUCUGUCAGAGUCAAGAUUGAGUUUGGAAUGCCCUUUGUGCCGAGGAGCCAUACUAGGGUGGAAGGUUGUAGAAGAGGCCAGAAAAUAUCUUAAUUCAAAGAAGCGUAGUUGUACCCGGGAAUCUUGCUCAUUCGCGGGGAACUAUCAGGAAUUGCGUCGACAUGCUAGGAGGCUUCACCCAACUACUCGACCUUCUGAUGUUGAUCCUUCUAGAGAACGAGCAUGGAGACGCCUCGAGCACCAGAGAGAAUAUGGUGAUAUUGUUAGUGCUAUUCGCUCAGCUAUUCCAGACGCUGUUGUUGUUGGGGACUACGCUAUUGAAACUGGAGAUGUGUUACCGGUUGAAAGAGGAAGAGUAGCUGGCGAACCUACUGCACCUUUGUGGACCACUUUCUUUUUGUUCCAGAUGAUAGGCUCGAUGGACAGAGUUGGUGAGCCAAGGGGUCGUUCAAGGGCCUGGACAAGGCAUCGACGCAGUGCAGGAGCUUCAUCCGACCGGCGGUACCUUUGGGGUGAGAAUUUAUUGGGUCUACAAGAUGAAGACAAUGACAAUGACUUGCAUCUGUUAGACAAUGCUAGAGAAGACGGGUCUCCCAUUCCAAGAAGACGCAGGCGUCUAAUGCGCCCAAGGACUAAUGAGGAUCAGUCAUGAGAGGCAUCAGCAAAUCUCUGGUAAAUAGCAGGAACUUGACAGCUUCUGGAGUUAUCUUCCAGAUUAUGCUUUGCUGUCCCAGUUAUUGUUGUUACCAUCGAUUUUUCCAAGAAUGCUAGGAAACUGCCUUGUAAUUUUCAUGCUGAUUGGAAAUCAUGGUUACAGUGACUCAUAAGCUUGGAGGAAGUGCUAAAGCUGGAAAAGAUUUGUUCCUGGAUGUAUUUAUAAUGCUUUCAGCUUAUUACGGAAUUGUAAUUGAAGACAAGUCUGGAUCUUUUUCUCUUAUUGAACUGCAAGCAUCUUGUUCCAAACAUUUGUACUAUAUAAGUUGAAUAUGCAGUGUGUGAUUUGAUUGAU